UCAAAUAAACAAAACCCAAUCUUGACCAUUGCAAAUCUUUCCAAAGUCAUAUUGAUGCAACUUGCAAGCUUCGACCUGCUCUUUUUUCCACCCCUGUUCCAUUCCUGCAAUUCAACGGUCUACAAUUCCUCAAGCACCUUUAGUUUCUUUGAAUUCUGGUGCUCAUUUUUUCCAGCUAAAUUGCGACCCUUCAAAAUUCAUACUCAUCCUAUAUAAACAAAUACAAGUGCAUGCUUAAUUAUGUAUUUUCUCAAGCCUGUAAACAAUUUUCUCAACUCUCCAAAUGGGAACUCAUACUUCCCCUUGGCCUUAUCAAACACAUGAACAGGACUCUAAUGAUUCAUCAAUGAGCUCCUCUAUUUCAUCUCAACCAAGUCUACCUUCAGUCCAAUCCCUAAACAAAUUAUCGCAAGAAAUAUUCACCAUUCACCACUGCAUAUCGACUUUGAAGGGCCACUCCUCAUAUGUUUUCUCUCUAGCUCUUUCGGGAAAACAUCUCUACAGUGGCUCUUCCAAUAGCGAAUUACGCCUUUGGAGCCAGACCCUGUCGGAUCACCACAAUUUUAGCAGUAACUUAGUUUCGUCGUGCAAGAGUGCAGUUAAGUGCAUAGUCAUAUCGGGUGAUAAACUGUUUAGUUCUCAUCAAGACCACAAAAUUCGUGUCUGGAAAAUCGAACACAACACAAGUCAAAACUACAAAUGCAUAUCAACGUUACCAACACUCAAUGACCGUGUCACAGGACUGUUUUCGGGAAAAAAUUAUGUUGAAACCGGCAAGCACAAGAAGUCCACCUGGCUGCAUCAUGAUACCGUAUCGGCUCUAGCCUUAUCGAAAGAUGGUUCAAUUUUAUACUCUGCUUCAUGGGACCGAACGUUUAAAAUAUGGAGAACAUCGGAUUAUAAGUGCUUGGAGUCUGUCUCGAAUGCUCAUGAUGACGCGAUCAAUGCCAUAGUCUCGUCUAGCGAUGGCUAUGUGUACACUGGCUCAGGUGACAGAAAGAUCAAGGUCUGGGGCAAAAAUGGAGACAAUAAACAUUUUAUGAUCGAUGCUUUGGAGGAGCACAAGUCCGCAGUAAAUGCUUUGGCACUUAGCAGUGACGGGGAUGUGUUAUAUUCUGGUGCUUGUGACCGGUCUAUAAUUGUGUGGGAGAAAAGAGAUGGUACUAAAACUAAACAUAUGGCUGUGACAGGGGCACUUAGAGGGCACGCGAAGGCGAUUUUGUGCUUAGCAGUUGUUUCGGAUUUGAUGUGCAGUGGCUCGGCUGAUAAAACAGUGAGAAUUUGGAGAAGGGAAAGUGAUAGAAGCUAUUCUUGUUUGGCUGUGUUAGAAGGACACACAGGGCCAGUUAAAUGUGUCACGGCAGGUGCAGAUUAUUCUGGUGGUGCUGAUAGUAAUGGGACUCCUUAUUUGAUUUACAGUGGCAGUUUGGAUUGUGAUGUUAAAGUUUGGCAAAUACGGGUUCCAUUUGUUUAGAUUCUGAAGGAAACUACAUUUUGUAUGAGUUCCAUUUUGUGUUUGAUAUGAUCAUGAUAUGACAAGUAAUCGUUCAACCUGAAUUGAAGCCA